AUGUCCACAGCCAACACGGCGGAAAGGCUCGACGCCGCAAUCGCGGAAUUCUUCUCGUCCUGGGACAUGUUCACCACCGUGCUGGCCAUUAUCCUAGGCGUAGUGCUGAUCUACCCUCUGCUGACCAGGCGAGAGUCGGACACGCACCCGUUCCUGCUGGCCAGACAAGCACAAGUGGCACCGGUGCGGCAGCCCGGGCACUCGGCCGUCUACCGAGCCAUCGACCUCCCUCACGGCUAUCCUCUCCGUUCCGGCCUGGGCGUCAAGGACCCCGGAGCGCCUAGGUGGACGGCUGGCCGGGCAGGCGAUCUGCGCGAUGUCUGGCGAUCGGCGGCCCGCGGCGCGGUCAAGGACGACGGCACGCUGACGGGAGAGAAGGGCAAGAUACUGACGGUGCUCGGCCGGGACAAAGUCACCGAGCACGAGCUGGACGACCUGACGCUGGGCAUCAAUGUGGUCGGCCAGUACGUCAAGCGAAACAAUGGCCAGUCGGUGGCUGUGUGCUUGUCAAACUCGGUGGAAUUGCUGUCCGCCAUCUUUGCCGGCUCCUUCUACGGCUUCUCCACGACUUUGAUUCCGUACGGCCUGCCCCAGGACAAGCUGAACUCGCUGCUGUCCAAAACAUCCGCGGAUCAUGUCAUCGCCGAGGCUGGCACGUUGGAUCUGGACGCCAUGCAAGCAACCAGCCAAUCCAUCAAGAACGUCAUCUGGGUGGCCAAUUCGUCGAGCCAGCAUAUGGAAUGGUCGGCCAACGCCCCCAGCGGGCUCAGCGUGGCUUCCUGGCAUGAGCUGGUGCAAAAGAACCACCGCAGUACGAAUUCCGAGGUGCUGCCUCUGGAUCUGGACUCGCAGGUGCCGCCGGUGUCGAUUUUCUACCCGGCUGCCAACGGAGGCUAUGACUUGGUCAAGUAUACGUCUGGGAACCUGAUCUCCGGCACAGCCGGCCUACAAGCCACGCUAUUGCGGGCGUACAAGCUCUCGCCCAGCGAUACCGUACACGCCACGACCAGCCUGACGGACAGCUACACGCUCUGCUGGAUCCUGGCGGCGCUGUACUCGAACGCCAGCGUGUCGCUGAACUCGGUGGCGGGCGACAACGUCGACCUCAUCCAGGCCACGGCGCUGAGCAGGCCGACCGUGGUCAUCGCCUCGCCGUCCACGGUGCAAGCAUAUCUCGAGCACCCAACCACCAAACUGCCGUCAGGUCUGUCCAAGUACGUGUCCAAGCGAACCCUGCAGGCCGGAAACCUGCCGGCCAAGAGCGCAGGCACUCUGGCUUCGUCUCUGGCCAGCCUUCGUGUCUUGCUGAUCCCACAAUCGACCAAUUUGCCCGCCAAGACCCGUCUGUCUUCGUCGACCCUGCACACCCUGCGCUCCCAUUUGCAAAGCCGCAUUGGCUAUGCACUGACCACGCCUCUCGUGGCCGGCGCCAUCACCCAAACCAAUAUCCUCGACUACCGCGACAAGGGGGCGCGAGUGUGUCUAGGCGCUCCGCUAAGUUCGGUCGAGGUGCACGUUUCGGGUGACGAGGAGAUCAUGGACACCCACACCCCUCAGGGAAAGAUCACCGUCAGAGGUCCUGCCGUGGUUGGCGGAAAGAUUACGCUCGACGUCGAAGGGCAGGUGGACGAGGAUCACACUCUGCUCUUGCCUUAG